UAACCGGCUGCGUGUGCGCAGUCGCAGCGUUACUGUUCUUGUGGGUGCUGUGCUCAACAAACAAACUUAUCUCGGUGCAAAUACCACAGUGAACUUGUUUAAACUAGAUUUUCUCGGUGAAAAACACAGAAAUAAGAUCUUGCCAAAACUAUGAUCCAGUAAUCCAGAAGCCAGGAUGACAGAGAAAAAUGGAGUGCGCUUCGAAGAAGCCGAAAGAAGGAAGUACCAAAUACUAGCGUCGAUAGCUGGUGUAUGCUCGAUAUUAAUAUGGCUGUCAUCAAGUUAUAUCGUACUUCUGCCCCUUACGAUAGCAUUAUCAGCAUACCUAUUAACCGGUCACAGAUACCAAUGGGUUUACAUUUGGAAGAAAACCUUUUUCCGCGAUAUUAUAGGCGUUCGAGUUCUUCUGACUACAAUGUCCAGGGUACGGAUCUGGGAGAGAAAUGGUACAACAGUUGUGACAAGAUGGGAUGAAGUGGCUAAACAAUUCCCAGACAAGAAGGCUUUUAUCAUGGGAGAUAGAUCAUUGACAUUUCGAGAGGGUGACGAGCUCACAAACCGCAUCGCCUGGUAUUUCAAAAGACAAGGGUUUAAGACUGGUGAGGUGAUCGCCUUGUUCAUGGAGACUCAGCCUGAGUACGUGUUCAUAUGGCUGGGCCUGGCCAAGUUAGGGGUGGUCACCGCGCUAGUCAACACAAACUUACGAGCUGCCCAACUGGUGUACUGUCUGAAAAUCGUGGGGUGCAAAGCCGUUAUAUUUGGAGACGAAUUAUGUGGAGCAAUAAAAGAAGUUCAGAACGAGCUCGCAGAUAUGCCGCUAUUCCAGUACAAUUCACCUGAACGGGAGACGACUUCGUUGAUACAAGACACGAUACCUCUAGCCACGGAGCUGAAUGAGAUAUCUGCGGAACCCUUCACUGAAGUGGUGCAAGCCAAGCCCAGAGACACGUUGAUGUAUAUCUACACGAGUGGCACAACAGGUUUCCCGAAGGCAGCCAUCGUGACGCAUACAAGGUUCCUCCUGAUCCCACUAGGAGUGCAUAACUCCGCGAGGUUGUCCGCGUCAGAUGUGAUCUACGAUCCUCUCCCUCUUCAUCACACGGCGGGCGGGGUGCUGGGCGCUGGUCAGUGCGUCAUAUUGGGCUGCACCGUGGUGCUGCGGAAGAAAUUUUCAGCCAGCAACUACUGGAGCGAUGUGGCUAAAUAUAAGUGCACGGUAGCGCAGUACAUCGGUGAGAUAUGCCGGUAUCUUCUGACUGUGCCCCCAGGGCCGCACGAUCGUGGUCACAAAUUGAAGGUCAUGGUCGGCAAUGGUCUUCGACCUCAGAUCUGGCAAGAGUUCGUCGAGAGGUUUGGAGUAAAACGCGUGGUUGAAUUCUACGGUGCUACUGAAGGGAACAGCAAUUUAGUAAAUCUGGAUUCCAAAGUGGGUGCUAUCGGAUUUUUGAGUCGCCUGGUUUCGUCCAUCUAUCCUCUUACUUUAGUCAAGUGUGACGAAAUUACAGGAGAGAUAUUGAGGAACAAAGACGGAACCUGUAUCAGCUGUGGCCCUCAUGAGCCAGGUCUAUUACUUGGGAAGAUUGAUCCCAGGAAGGCGAUCCUAACAUUCGCGGGUUACGCGGACAAGACGGCGUCGGAGAAGAAGAUGGUGCGCAACGUGCGAGUGCCAGGAGACUGCUACUUCAACACAGGGGACAUACUGGUCAUGGACCACUUCGGAUACUUCUAUUUUAAGGACCGCACUGGAGAUACGUUCAGAUGGCGCGGUGAGAACGUCUCUACGGCUGAAGUAGAGGGGGUCAUUAGUAACUUAGUUGGCCUAAAAGAUGCGAUAGUUUACGGCGUCGCUAUUCCCAACGUAGAAGGAAAAGCGGGAAUGGCCGCCAUAGCCGAUCCGGAGAAGAAACUGGAUUUAGAAUCUCUAGCCAAAGGUCUGCGCUCGUCCCUGCCAGCGUACGCCAGGCCUAUCUUCCUCAGGAUACUGCCUGAGCCACCUCUGACAGUCACUUUCAAGCUGAGGAAGAAGGAGCUAAUAGAACAAGGUUACAAGCUGAAUCUCCACAACGAUCCGCUAUACUUCAUGGAUCAGAAGACUGGGAAUUACGUGCCAUUAACAGAAAAGGUGUAUGAUGAUCUGAUGCAAGGCAACAUUAGGCUGUGAAUAGAUUUAGAAUUAUAGCACAGUAGAAUAAGUGAAUAACCACCGUAUAAUAAGUAUUAAUUGUUAGACUGGAUCUGAUACAAAAAAUCUACAAAAAAUGUUGUAAUUAC